GACUAGUCGAAAUUCGAUUCGUGGACGGAAAGCACGCCGUGAGUGUGCUGUGCCUUGCGCGAUCAUCUGUCUGUGUUUACGAAGCGCGAGUGCCCGAUAAACUUGAGUUCAGUGCGCUUGUUCCGUCGUCAUUUUCGUGUUUACGAAGGGUUUAUCCCGAAAUUUAAGUUGUGCAAUCCUUCGGAGUGUUUUGUGAUAUGAUACGUGAUUAAAUGCUGGGACUAUUCACCAUCACCAAUGCUCGAGGUUUUUAAAAGGCGCUGGAAACCCAAAAGGGCGUCCAGCAAUAAUAAUUACAAAGGGGAUACUAUUUGCAACAAAAACAUAUCAGAUCCGGUGAACGAUGUCACGAUUGAAAAACUCCUCUCAGCACCAACCUCCAUCAGGCAAAUCCACCCUCUGGAAGAGGAGAAAACGGGGCUGCGAGCGUACUCUAGCGACUCGGUGAAGAGGCCGACGGCGCCGAGCUGCAACGGAACGCUCCCUGGCGGGGACUCGCCGUACUUGGCGCCCAACAUCUGCGUGGAGGGCGGGAGGAUCGAGUUCAUCAAGCCCUCGCCGGAGGUGCAACCCCCGCUCCCGAUGACGAUGACGAUCCCCGCGCCCGACUACAGCUCCCCGCCCUCCUACUCCCUCCACGACGAGAAGGAAGACUGCAUCAAGGAAUGUUUGGAAGUUCGCAUUCUGGAGCUGGAGGAAAGUUUGGACUUGGAGCGGAAAGCCGUGCAGAAGGAGCGCCAAAUCAAUGCCAAACUUCAGCGGCAACUUUCGAGGGCGGAGUUGGCGCAGCGGGACACGGAGCGGGAACGACGACUGCGCCGCGAGUCCGAGGCCAAACUCCGCUCCACCGUCGCCGAGGCGGAGCGCUAUCGAGCCAAGCUCAACAACUUGCAAAAGGAGUUCUCGAGGAUGGAGGAUACGGUGCGGUCAAUGCUGGAGUACAAGUCUCGCUGCGAGCAAUUGAAACAGGCCAAAGCUUCUCUCGUUCUGUCGUAUGAAAAUCAAAUUCAGCAGUUUCAAGCUGCUCUGGCCAAACUCAGCUCGGAGAAUGAUCGCCUGAAACGACAGCUCAGAAAUUUAGAAGCAACAAAUAAUGAAGAAGUACAGCGAACAUUACUUGAGAGGCUACAUACUCUGGAAAGGAAAAAUCUGGAUUUGAUGGAGGAGGCAGAAAGACAGAGGAAACAAUAUGAGCAUUACCUUGAUGACAUUGCCAGUCAAGUAGUCAGAGCGCUUCUUGCUCAGAAAAGUUUGCAGGAAGAAAUUGAAACCUUACACGCUCGGUCAAAGGAUCUAGAGAGUCAAAAUCAAACUCUGACUUCUCUACUUCUUCGACAAAUGGGGCAUCCAGCAACCAGGAGGAAUGCUAAGUCAUUAGCAAAUUCAACAACUAAUUUUGUAUCUCUGCCAAGCCUAGAAACCAGCAAAAGGCCUCAUAGCUUGGAUGAAUCACAACUAAAAGAGUUGGAGGAAGCUUUAUGGUCACCUAUCCACCGACCACAUUCUUUGAGCUUAAAUAUCACUACGCCUAACCUUAAUCAUGAAAGUAAGAAAGAUAUAGAAAGUCCUGAAAGUGGCAAUCGUGAUGAAGGGUACUCGACAAUGUCUAGUGAUAUGCAGGGAAUUGUAGAAUUGCCAAAGAAAGGACUGGAGGAGGUGAAAGAGGCUUCUGAUGAAACAGAAAUCAUCGAUUCUACGUUUGCUGACAAAAGGCCUUUGGAUUUCAAAAAACCUGACAUCUUAUUCAUCCCGUUAAGUUUGUCUCUGAAUAUCAACUCUCGGCAUAGUUAUCCCCCAAUGAAGGAUUUCCUCCCUUACCAUCACAUCAUGCGCAGUUUCUCCGAUUCGCAUCUCUGCCUCAAAUUCACAACUUCUCCUUCAGCUCCGAUGGUGAUAUCAUUUGACACUGUUUGGGGCAACAAUAAAAGGUCUAACUUAUCAGUUGAUGAUACGAUUUCCUGUGAUAGUUUUAAUGAUUGGUGGGAUACUGACUAUAUCCAACAGUGGCUAAGGAUAGACGACACAAGGAGCGCGCUCCAGCAACGGCUCUCCUACAAUCCGAACGAUAUUGAAGACUGGUCAAUGGAGCAAGAUGAGACUGAUUUCCGCAAGAAGAACCAAUCUGCACCAAAUAAUUUAAUGCUCAGUUUACCAAGUAUCCAAGAAAGUUCUGAUUAUCUCGAGUUUAUGAUUGACGAGGAUGGUGAGGAAGAAGAUCAUCUAUGGACUGCCGAAAAUAAAUAUUUCAACGAAAGUGAUGCUAAAUCUUACUGGCCGAAUUUUUCUUGUUCAGCCAUUUCGCCUGUCACAAAUUCAUGGUCCAGCAAUGAUACCAAUUCAGAUGAAUGUGGGCAGAUGUAUAAUGACUUUGAAAGCAAUGAAGGCCUCUCCAAAAGAUCUUCAGCCGUUUUGAGUACCGAUAGUGGAGAUUCCUCCGUCAUUGGAACUGACUUUACCAGAGAUUUCUAUAGGCUAGUCAAGUUUGAAAGCACGAAGAGUCUCACCUCUUUAUCAUCAAAAAGUCAAACAAACGAAUCGCAGAAAAGUGCUGAAAGAAACAUCUCGCUCCCACUGACGCUCGAUGAAGAACAAAUUUUGAAAUCUGCAUUCAGUGUCAUGGUAGAACAACAACAACCUAACCAUCAAGACCCUAGGUUCAAAGAGACUGUUUUAAAAAGUGACUUUUCUACUUUCAAAGAUAAAGCGAGUCCUGUUGCAUCCUUCUCCAACAUUGAAAUGCCACGAAGUUCCAACACGCCUCAGCUCUUUGAGCCUCAAAUUGCAGGCAAGAGGACUGAGCCUAUUUUAUCUACUGAUGCUGGAUUAGACGCCCUGAACAGUAUUAGACAUGAUGAUAGCAAUAACUUUAUUUCUAGUGGUCCAAGUACAGCCUGCUCUGGAAGGCUCAAUUCAUUUCAGUCUUUUAGCUUGCCAAAAAAUUCAUUUUGUCGGAGGAGUCCCAUGUUUAGCAAAAGGAAACGUCCUGUGAGCGUUGAAGUUUUAAUGAAUGAUAGCCUUUUACCAAAUAAUAGUAAUAGUGUAGGAGAUAAAGACCUUAAAGCAGAUCAUAGUGAUUCGAAAAAUAAUCCCAAAGUUCCCAAAGAAUUAGAGUUUAGUUUAGAUUUAAAAGUUCUCCCAAGAACCAACAGUGAUAAUUUUAGUGAUAGCAGUUCUGACAACGGCAAGGUAGGAAUUGAAUUCGACGACGAAGAAAUUGACUGCCUCUCAGAAGAUAGUUUAUCUUCAUUCUGCCUGUCUGACAUAUCUUUAAGACAUUUACGAAGUGAUCUGACUUCGAGGUCCAGUCUGAAUACGGUGCCUGAAGAGGAGGAAACUGAAGUCGCUUCCUGUGAUACAGCAACUUCACUUUCAUCGCCAGGAACAGUAAUUUUAUCGGAGAACAGGGCAGACACCGAUACUUCUCUCUGUGACCAAAGUAGGAACAAGAUGGUCAAUUUUCACCCAUGCUCAAACUCGGAGAGACCGUAUGCCAAUGCUUCAACCGUACCUGAGCCCAUUGUUGUCAAAAAUGGCCAACGAUACAGUUUCAACGAGAGCGCUUCCUCAAAAGAUGUGAUUGAUGAGCUGAAUAGAAUGAUCCGCAAAGGAGAGGAGCUGAGUGAUGCAGAAUCAGGAAAAGGCGAGGAACGGAAAUCCGCAUCGUUGGAUGAUGCUUGUUGUUGUCCCACUGGCUGGGUUCAUGUUGAAAGAGAUAUUGAUUUCACUGACCCCAAGGCAAGGGCUAAUUUAUUGGACGUCAUGUUGGCAUCUAGACACAGUUCAUCAAGUGCAGAAGAUUUAAGUAGUUGUGAAAGUGAAGAAGAACGAUCCGAAUAUCAUCACUUGCAUAGGAUACAUCGAUCUCGCUGUCAGAGAAAAGUUGCAAUAAGAGAGCCAUUAAAAUCAUCCACAAGGGAGCCUUUGUGUGGUGUUCUACGGCAGUCAAUGUCUGUGCGACCUUCAAUCGUGGGGAGAGAUGACUUUUUCGUUCGUUAUGGAGAGAAAGAAAAGGAUGCUUUAUCGUUUUUUGACUUUCUAGAAACCAUGUCAACCACUUCAAUCAGUGCUGCAUCUUCGUGUGAAAGUAGCUCCGGACUUGGCCGCAAAGGAGGAUCAAAAUUUUUGCAGAACGAACAGUUAAAUCAACCCCAUGUAAACAAGCCUCAUCUCAGCGGCUCAUGUGCAACAAGCUACUCAGACUCCGAGUGAAUUGUCCCAUUGAUCUUAUUUUUAAGUCAUUCACACUUAUAAAUAAGCAAGUUUAGUGUACAAGCUCUAAUGAUGUUUUAAAUUAUACAUAAAGUAUUGAAAAAAGUACUUUACCAUAACAGGUUUUAAAAAGAUAAUUCUAUCAAUCUAAGAACUACUCAUUCACCGGUUCAGUUUUUUUAGUGUAAAAAUUUUAAAACAUUCUAUUAUUCCUAUCGUAUCUGAAUUAGAGUUUCUAGUCCUAUCUCAAAAAUCACUAUGUAAGCACUGAUGUGUAGAGUAGUGGAUAUCAGUCCUCAAAUUCUCUGCUUAUAGUAGCACAUUAUCCCAGUGUGACUAUAUAUAUGUACAUAAAGCCAACAUAUGUACAGACUUGCAAAAUUCCAUAAAUUGGUGAUUUUUAACCACUGUCGGUACAGAAGAAUUACUGUCCAAGAUCUGGCAGUUUAGAAUCAUUGUGUGUUUAUUCCUGUGGUUUAUUGGUCAUGAUUUUUUUCAACCACUAGGCCUCUAGUCAUAGGAAAUCAGUCUGAAAAUUUAUCUCCGGUGUACAAAUGUCGUCAGUUAUUUAUGUAUUUUUAAAUAUUCAAAAGUGUGAUAUUUUUGUAUAAGUAUUUCAUGUUUUAUAACGUAAAAGUUCUAAGCUUUUUGGCACAUCCAUUCUUGUUCAGAUAAGAAAUACGGGAAGGAAAGUAAGACUGGGAUUUUAGGUUUUCAAACCAUGUUCGAUGCUCGGCUCUUGUUUUUAUAUCCUUAAUUUUUCCUCGCUUAAAUUCAAGUAAAUGGACACUAAAAAUCUUGUCUUAGUAGUUUCUUACUACUUAACUACUCGGAAUUUUUCAAUGCUUGCCUCCAGUUAAAUAACUGAUGCUAUCUUUAAGUAAAUAUUGCAACUGAUGAAUGAUAGUCCUACUAAAAUUAAGGCUGGUAUAUUAUUAAUGAGAAGAAAAUAUCUGGACCCAACAACGGCAGGAGAGGAAACGAUGUACUCAAGUUUUUCUGCAUUUGUUUCCAUUGUAGCAAGUAAAUAAUAAUUUUCCAGCGUUCCUCCAUACGCCUGCAUUUUUAAUGCUCUGUGGAUUCGUGCUCUAAACAACGUGCCUAAAGUCAUGGCUACUGAAAUUUUUCUCCAAAAUUGGCUGUUAUCUUGUCGGGAAGUUGUUGCAUCAACUCGUCUCUCUCUAAAUCAAGUUGUACAGUAUUCAUUAUUUUUUUAAAAUUAUUUUCACACUUAUCUUUACAAUUGGUGAUUACACCUACUAUUAAUAUUUUUCUGUGAAAUAUUAAAUUAUUUUUUAAUCUAUCUGCAUGCCAACUCACUAAAACAUGUGAGGCUCUGCGAAGAGAAUUUGUCAAAAUUGAAAUUUUGACUAGAUGUGUUAUUGAAGAUAGUUUUACAAAUACUGCGGCAAAAUAGAGAUGUUGCUCAAACAUUUUACUGCACAGAGCAAUAAAAAUCUAUUUCAUGUUUGCCUACUUUUAAACAAGCAAUUUGUUAUUCUAAAGAGAUUGCAUCCAUGAUUGGUGUAGAAAGAACGUUUGAACUAAUCUUCAUAUUCUGUCUUCACUUACGUAAUGAACAACCUCAAAUGAAGCUGAUCUCUUGUUCAUCCCUCUAGAUGUAUCCAUAACUUCCCCUCCCUUCAUAAAGUCCUUUGGUGCUGUACUAGUGUUUACUUAUAGUUUCGUUGCGUAGUUCCUUCCCCUGUUCUGCUUUUUGGGCUUGAGUUGCUUGUUCAUGAUUAUUUUCUAGCAAUUAUUUUCAUUAAAAAUGGGUCAGUGUCAUACACCACAGAAUCAAAUUCUGGUCUUAGGUAUUUCUUGGCAUGUAAAAAAUAAUGAAAAUCUUUCAAAUUUCUAAUUUCUACCAUGUAAAUUCUGAAAUUAUUUCCCAGGUAUUGUAAAGUAUGAUUAUUGACAGCAGCCACUGUGUCACUUAGUUCCGUAGUUUCUUCCUAUCAGGUUUUAUUAAGUAACAUACUGAGUAACUGAACUUAGUAGUUACCUGAGUAGUAGUUAACAUCAAACAGGCUUAGUAUUACUUUCCAGGUCUAUCAUGCUGAAGAAAAAUGUCGUGUAUGCAUUUGAGUGCUGCCAAUUUUUUCCUAUAAAAUAUGUAUUUUUAAGAAAAGCUACGAAUUUUUUAAUCUCGAAAUUUUCAGAUAUACUUGAUUAAAUGAUGAUUAAAAGUGUUUGUAAAAUUCAAAGAGGAAUACUCAGAAGUUUCUCAAAAUAUCUGCAUUUCAACAAAAUUAAAUUCUGGAACACCGCAAUGUUCAUGCAUCGCUUUUCUCUAGUUUGGCGUAUACGAGGCGUCUAGUUUUUAAACCUGCAAACCCUGUUGCUGUGUCUAAACAUUGUGCAAUCAUAUUAAUUUUGUGUAAGGGACAACCAUAAUGUAUAAUUGCUCAAAAUGUUUUUUAAAUUCAAGUUUCGUGCUUAAAUACAGAAGUUUCAAGAGAAGACAUGAACAUGGGGGCUUUUUUCUUAUUUCAAUAUGAAAGUGUUAUGAUCACAAAUUUUUUAGACAGGGCAAUAGAGAUCGCUGAUUUUGCAACUAGACGCCUAAUAUUUUAUCAUGGGAAAAAUGUUAUUCAUACUAGAUAGAAAUUCGGUGUUCAGAUCAAUGCCUUCAAUUUUUGCCGAUCUACAAGGAUUGAAAACUUUAUUUUGUGCAGUAUGAAACUGACCCAUUGCCUCAAUGUCUUUCUACUUUUAUUUAGAUAAAUUCCUUUGUUGACUGUUUUGUUUCUCAUAAUUUGUUCACGCAUGAAAUUUCUUGUUUCUGUUCUUGUUCUUCAUUUUACCCAUCAUUUUUAUUUUGUCUUGCCUAGACACUAAUCAAGCAAUAUUGUACGAUUCAGCCGCCACCUCUACAUUGUAGAUGUGUCUUGUGUCAGUUUGUUCUCCGGAAUAUUUUUUAUGUACAUAACUUUAUAAAUAAUCGUAAGAUAUUCGCACUGAGAGUUAUUAAGAGUUUCCUAGUCUGUGAAUCAUGGUAGGAUUACUUUUAAUUAUUUCAAUCUCACUAUGUUGUACCCAAGUAUUAUUUAAAAUACCUCAAUAUUUAGCAAUCGUCAUCUCUAUCACCGCUUCAAGUAUGUGAUGAAAAUUUAAAAACAAAAAAAAAAUUAUUUCAAGGUUAAAAUUUCCCUUCCUAGAAGCAGAUAAACCUUUGAGAAAUUUCAUAAACACCAUUAAUUGUUAGGUACUUGUAUUUUAAAUUUCAUGAGGCUACGGCUCUUUUUGAUUUGGUUGCCACUCAGAUAGAUCUAACUGUGCGGUUGAUUUUUGACAAACACUCAUUUGAGUACUUCUUUCUUCUCUCUCUGUCUCUCUCUCUUUUUUCUCUUUUCUUUGUUUCCUUUUUUCUGUAGCAUUUCUUUCGCAACUUUUUCUGUAUCUGAAGGUACGAUGAGAGUCCUUCCUUAGGGAGCUAAGAAACCCAUAUUUUUGAAGUUUGCUUUCAAAUGUUUCUCUGUUCCAUCACAGAAGUUGUAAAAUAAAUAUGUUUUCAAAUUAAAGCACACUCUGUUCUGAUACUUUUUUAUUCUAAGAUCAACGCAAAACCAAUGUCAGAUCAAGGAAUUGUAAAAAACUUACUUACCGUCAAAUAUCUAAACAGAUUGAAAAUAGGUAUUUGUGUUUUUAUAUAUUGUUAGACGUUUUGUUCUGUAGAGCUACCUCAAUAACUAAGAAUAUUAAAUUAAAUUUUUCUACAAAAGAUAA